GAAAUGUUUCUGAAAAGCUUUUUCAGUGAGGAUAUAUCUGUAAAAGUGACACGUUAUGUUUACCUGAUUUUAGCAUGGAAGUGGAAAGACCCUUGGGGCAUCGGUUGGAUGCCAACCAACGUACGUGUUUCCUUCCUCCCUGAAGAGAGUGGUCAGGGAGAUUAUUCCUGGCAACCUGGUCGAACGGCCAGACCCAACCCAUUCAGGGGUAAGUUAAAAUGGAGACCUUGAGGGUGGGUGCUUAAAAUGUUUUCAAUAUUUUCAGCAAGUGAUAAUAUUUGAGAUAAUAACAGAUUAAACAAUAACAAGUUUUUAGUUUUGCUAUUAUUAUUUUGGCUUUCAGAGUGGGCCAUGGAUGUGUGUUGGAGAUAAGUGCUUGUUUGAAUAAAUAUGAUAAAACCUCCAAUUCUUACACUCUGCCAUAUGUAAUGUAUCUUAUUGAGAUGUGAAUUUUCACAACAUCAUCCCUUCCCUGCACCACUCAGGUUAACCAUAUUUAUAGCAGAUCUGACAAAAGGUUUGGGAGCUCCUAAUAAUUAUUAUAAUAAUAAUUGUGGCCGUAUUAUUUGAGUGGUAGGUUUAUCUGGUCAACAUAGGUUACCUUGCUUCUUCAAAGUGGCCUGCAGCCAAGCCCAAAGGAAGACAGUCCAACUAAUAUAA